UUCAUAGUCUUCAAAGUCCAAUUUGACAGAGGGAGAUUAUAUUGUGUUUACAUGUUAGAAUGAGGGAGCAAAGGGUAUGUAAAUAGAGACAAACAAGAACAAUGUUAGACAGGGAAAUUAACAUUGAUAGUCCUAGCAACACAAACAUGCACACACAAAUGUUUCCUUAGCUAUCUAAAUGUGGACAUAUCGUAGACUUAUACUGUUUUUAAUACUAAGCUAAAUAUAGUUAUUAUUACUAUUAAGGGUUACCUUUAUUUACCCCCUUUAUUUAUGAAUUGAUUUUCCAAUUAAGGACAUACUUGAAUGUCCCCAAUGGGAGGUUUAGUCCCCAGACUAUAGUUAAGUACAUGCAACACCCACAGCUGCAUGCUAAACAAAGUUGGGUUGUGUUAAGUAAACAGAGACACAUCCACACCUCUACCUUUUAGAGUCAUGUUCAUGAGUUUAGGGAUAGCCCAACUGGAUAGCUUCAGAAGACAUGGAUUAAACCACUGGAGUCAUAUGGAUUAUUUUUAUGAUGACUUUAUCUCCUUUUUGGAGUUUCAAAUGCCUGAUCACCAUUCUCUUGCGUUGUAUAGACCUACAGAGCUGAAAUAUUCUUCUAAAAAUCUUCGUUUGUGUUCUGCAGAAGAAGAAACUCAUACACAUCUGAGAUGGGAUGAGGCUCUCAGAACCAUGCGAGAACCAUUUACUUCUAAAUGACUGCUUCCUUCACACCACAAUCAAACAAAAUAAGAACAAGGCAUGUAAACCUGAGUAUUUUACACCUGAGAAGAAUGAAGGAUACUACAGCACCAAUAACUGUCUGUCUGAUUACAUAAACACAGUCAACAACUUCUGCCCUCCAAACAAAAUGGAUGACUCCUAUUUCAAUUCAUCCCAAGACGUUUUGGCUAUGAGCAAAGAUAAACUGAGAACAACUCAAUCUUUUUCUGUGCAGGAUGUCAGUAAACUGGCCUUAAUUUUGGCAGAGCAGGAUAGUGGCUGCUGCAGAGAAUCUGGACAGAACAGUCUUCUGGUCCAGAGGAAUCAGGAGGAAAACAUGACAGAACAGAGAAGUCAUCCUUUUCAAAGAAUAUCAGAGCUUAAUACUCAGACACCAGAUUUUAAGAGAGAGGUAACCCGCAGCCAUGUGGAGCAAAGAGGAGCUGAAGUAGGCAUCAAAAAGACUCUGUUACAGAGUGAUUAUCCUACAAAUAAUUUUUUUAGUUUUGGACAACAACAACCUUUUUCAACCAACUUCUUCCCUCCAACUCUGCACCCAAGCAAAGAAGGCAGCCAAAUGGGAAGAAAUGCAGCACAAACCAGUGUAAAUCUGUUCCAGCAUACCCAGUCAAACCACUAUCAGAGCCAAACCAAGAUCCCGAACAAGACCAGUGGCAACAUUGAAUCUCAGGGGUUAGCAAAGCUCAUGUCUUUGCCUGGGUUUGUUCCCUUACUUUCUUCUCAGCAAUUCUUACGGGCUGCAGUAAGAGUCCCGAUUAAUUUCAGUCAGGGUAAUGGAGUUAAUCUACAGGGUAGGAUAGGUCUUGUCAGUCUGGAGGGGUUAAGAAAUGGAGCAGGAAGUGUGGACAAUGGAGAUUUUGACCUCCAGCAAGAGAACAACAGGCACUCAGCAGGUCUCAUGAUGGAUGGACGUUUGAUUCAACGAUUUAGCACGAAACCCAAACUUCCAGCUGGUUUCCUUAAAGAGCUGGACAAGACACCAGGGCUUCUACAGAAUCCAUAUCAAGCAUUGGAUAGUAUGUACGGGGGACAAGUCAGACACGGUGGAGCUGCUUCAAACUCAGCCAAACCAACACCAUCCCAAAUUUUCCCAUUCCUGUGUCAGAUGGGUGAUCCCAGAACAAAUGCAUGUAAUUCGCUCCACUCACAGCCUCACCUGCCUUACAGCUCUGUGCCCCACAUCGAGACGAAUGAACUUCUGCCAAAUGAAUUUAUUGGACCAAACCAAGCAUCGGGAGAUGGGGCUUUCUCUGGGUUCAAGUCUGCCAUGAGUUUACCUCAGGGACUGGGAAGCCCAAACAGUCAGCUACACCAUUACCUGGAGGAAUGUUACAAGCAGUGGAGGAUGCUGGAAAGAGAGAGGAAGAAAGCAGAAGCUGUUCUUAUAAAGAAUUACCCAGGAAAACGUGUGUCCGUGGUGACCAGUGUUUUACCCAUAAUGCCUUCAAACCCUUCCAGAGUGGACCGACUCAUUGUAGACCAGAUGCGGGAACAGGCCAAGAUGGCAAGUUUGUUGGGGAAGAUGGAACAGUUGCAGAGUUUUCCCCUUCAUGCUAAUAUCUGCUCAUCAUUGGACAGAAAUCUUGAGGUCAUCUAUAUCACCCAGACACGCCGCAAGAAUGAGUUCAUCAAUGCAAACAGCAGACAGAGGCAGCCAGUGGCCUUCUUUAGAGAGGACAUGGAGAUCCUUCUAUUGGCAUCUGCAUUGCAAAUGACUUUACCCAAAACAAGCAGCUAUCCAGAAGAGAGACAAGAGGAAGGUACCUGCUUCCCUUUAGGACAAGACAGUCCUGAGCAGAUCAGCUUGGAGAGAGCCCUGGCUGCCCUAUGAUCACUGUCUUGCAGGUGUGAUCAGUUUGUGUGCGAGUGUGUUUUGCUUUUGAAACACAUAGAGUAACAUCGAUUUAAC